AUGGAUUUACUGAGCAUAGAGGAGCUGGAGUGUAAGAUCUGCUACUGUGCAUACAACCUAGGGAGUCGCAGGCCAAAGGUGCUCGAGUGCUGCCACCGUCUGUGUGCCAAAUGCCUUGCUAAGAUCCUGGACCUGGGUGAGUCGCCUCCCAACGCUGCGGUGUGCCCGUUCUGCCGCUACAUUACCAGACUGCCAGGGGAGGCGGUGACCAGCCUGCCAGAUGACUGCAACCUGGUGGCAGCGCUGGCCCUCAAAAGCAGGAAUAAGAGGAACCUCCACUUCCACCAAGAGGCGACCACAGAGCUGCUCCUCAGCCCCAGGCGCCUGGGCUCGCUGAUGGGCAGUAAUGCAUCUGUGACAUCCCCUUCCUCCUAUUCCUCCUCUGCUUCUUCUUCCUCCACCGCCUAUUCCUCCAUCCGAGGCUCCCCUAACUUUGUGGUUAUUACCAUCAUGGAGCCUCCACCGGUGCCUGCAUCCACCCAAGACUACCACCACCAGCCACGUGGUUUUCAUGCAUCAAACCUCGGCUACCACUCGUCCAGCCUGGACUCCAUGGCGUCCAUCACGCAGAGGUGGACGGUGUGGAACUGUGCAGCCCUGCUGUGCCAGAUCUCGGCCCGGGCUCUGGUGUGGUUGCUGGGGCUGCUGUACUUCAGCUCGCUGCCCAUGGGGGUCUACCUGCUCAUCAUGCAGAGGACAACUGUCGGGGUGUUGCUGGUGAGCCUGGUUCCUGCCAGCCUCAUCAUGAUCAUGGUCUACGGAUUCUGCCAGUGUAUCUGCCAUGAGUUGUGGGACUGCAUGCCACCGUAAUGGGGACCAGAUGAAAGGGCAAUGGUUUGCUUUGAAUAUGCUUGACAAUGGAUCUCUAGAAUUCACUAAUGGAGAUGUUACUGUGUAACUGACCAUGUAAACACACUUUUUUAUUGAAGAAGAGAGCAAGAACAUUCUGUACACAUUACAAACGGAGCCCACGG